GUGAUCUCGUGGGGCCCCCAAACCAUCUCGUGACUUCAGUGAAACCAGUUGUUCCAGCCGCAGUCGUUCAGUGCAGCGCGCGCUCCCGUUUUCCUCAGUUCGGUUCGGUUUUCCGUUAGCGGAUUUUCCGCAGCAUCCUCACAUCGGUGUAACGCUUUAAGAUGGCCAGCAACACCCAGGGCAUCCAGCAGCUGCUGGCCGCGGAAAAGAAAGCCGCCGAUAAGGUUGGCGAAGCGCGCAAACGCAAGGCACGUCGUCUAAAGCAGGCCAAGGAUGAGGCCACGGAGGAGAUUGAGAAGUACCGUGGAGAGCGUGAGCGCUCUUUUAAGGACUUCGAAGCCAAGCACGUUGGCUCGCGCGAAGGCGUAUCGAACAAGAUCGAUGCCGAUACCCGCGUUAAGAUCGACGAGAUGAACCGUGCCCUCAACACCCAGAAGGAACCGGUCAUCCAGGACGUGCUGUCGUUCGUGUACGCCAUCAAGACGGAACUGCACAAGAACUACCGUCAGUAAAGGGUGGUGUACCAGUGCCCCACUCGCCUUUUUUGUGUCAGCAACUGAUGUGCUCCGCAACAUUCGAACAUUCCUACGGUUCCGGAUCUAUCUCUGAUCCGUCCGUUCCCCCCUAUGAGCAUCGUGUGAAUCGGCUCGGGGACACUGAAUUAACACCUUCUUUCUGUUUUUUUUUUUUGCUUCAUUCGCUCCACACAUACACACUCCUCUCGAGACACCUGCCGAGUAACGAUGAUAUCGCCGGCAAAGAGAUAACAGUCCGUCGUCGUCUUUGUUGGAUGUGUGUGGUUGGAUUGUUUUAUCUUUUGAAUGUUGAAAAAGUGUUGUUUUCGUUGUUUGCUAUCAACCGGAAAGGGGUGAAGCAAAGUAUUCACUUCAAUUAUGUUAUAAAAUUGUAACUGUAAGAUUAUGUAAAAAAGGAAACGCUCUAGGAUAUACUUAGUAAAGAUUUAAGAACAAA